GUGGGCCCUUGGAAUUUCGAGCCAUCCGCCACAUCCGUGCUGGUCCUUUGUGAUCAUGCGUCGGGUUCCUCGUCGCAAUGUGCGCUGCUCAUCCAGCCGGCAUCAACUUUGACGCUGUCAGCGAGCCGAUCAUUUUCUUGGGGAGCGGUGCCUUCGGCGAGGUGUCCUUGGUGCAAGUCGUCUCAGAGGCACCGGAUGCCGAGUUUCUGGCACUGAAGCGGGUGCGCUUGCAAACUUCUGAAGCCGGCAUUGAACAAGCAAAACUGGAAGCGCGGCUGUUGCUGCAGCUAAGCCAGGAAAAUGCUGGUAUUCUGAGAUGCUUCGACUUCCGAAUGCAGACACGUCCAGUGCCAACACUUGAGCUGUUAUUGGAGUUUGCUCCAUUGGGCGAUCUCUGCCGCCGAUUGCGCAAGUGCAAAGAGGCUGGACCAGAUUGGCCCGGGCUUCCCGAAGUGGAAGUGGCGGGGUAUGCCUGCGAUGUGGCCAAAGGUCUUGCCUUUUUGCACAGCUUGCGGCCAAAGGUUUUUCACAGAGAUGUGAAGCCUGCAAAUAUUAUGCUUUUCUACCCUGCUGAACCUACUCGAACAAUUCCUCAAGCCAAGCUGGCAGACUUUGGUGUGGCCAAGGUCUUGGAAUCAGAAGCUUCAAGCGCUGGAACUGCAACGUUUGUGGGUACACCUCACUAUUUGGCACCGGAGCUGUUCAGUGGAGACAUGUAUGACGAGAGAGCUGAUGCUUGGGCAUUGGGCUGUGUUCUCUAUGAGAUGCUGUGCUUCUGCCGGCCAUUCCAUCAAUCAGAGAAGAAUAUCGCCCUGAUGUCUCUGCGGAUUUCUCAAGGCUCAUAUGAUGAAGACCUUCUCGAAGAGCAGCUCGCUCACUAUCCGCUGGAGCUACUUGACGCCACCAGAGGCCUGCUACAGCUGGAGCGAGCCAAGCGGCUGCGAGCGGCGGAAGUCGUCGCCGAAGUCGCGGAGCUUGGGUCUUCUGUUGACACUCGGUCUCUUCCAACCUGCUGGGAUGCAUUGCAAACGCAAAGGAGGCCAUCUGUAGCUUCAUGUGAAGGCACCCAGGCCGAGAAUCCAGGCACCGAUAGCUGGCGCGAUGCUGAAGUGCAAUCGAGCAGUCCAGCUAUUCUGUUGCACGCAGCUUUGGAGCCAGAAGAUUCUCCAUACACCUUUUUUCCUCAUGACGACCGUGAUCAGGCUCUGACUCUUCCGCCCCAUGACGAGUCACGUUUGGGGGGCUUAGACAUCCUUGACUCACAGUACUAUGGUGAGGAUGUGGCAACAUUGGCACCGCCGUAGUUGCUGUAUCUGAGCA